AGUUAUAUAUUUUUUUUAAAAACCGUCACCCGGUGAUGUCCUGAAAGUCAGCCCGUGAACGCAGCCGACUAGUCCGGGGUGGGAAGGAGAGAGCUCGUCAGCAUGGCUGGAGGAUAAACCGUUAACGGUACACGCAGGUGUUUACACUCGUCUUCAUGAGCCGAGUUAACGGACUGUAAUCUGGCUAACGGAGACUAACGGUCGAUGCCAUGACGACGACGACGAGGUCAACUGGACGGUUGCUUUUUAUAGCGAGCGCUAACCGUUAGUCGUUAACCGUUAACCGUUGACGUUCUGUUUGAACCACUCGAGGGAGGACACAGCGCGCGCGACCUUGGGAGCGUUGCCAUGGAUUUGACUCGGUUGGCUGUGGAUGCGGGUCAGUUCAUCAACCGAGCCGUGCAGUACACGGAGGAGAGUCUCGGCCAGGCGGACAAGACGGAGUUAGACCCCGGGCUGGAGGAGCUCCUGGCCCGGGCAGACGCCACCAAGACGUGGACAGACCAGAUAAUCUCCCAGACGGAGGUUUUACUGCAGCCUAACCCCGGAGCACGCUUAGAGGACCGGCUUUACGAGCAUCUGGAUUGGAGCGUCCCUCCUCGGCCUCGUGCACACGAGGUGUUGGGAGAUCAAAUGUCCCAGGCUGGGCUGGAGAUUGGGCCCAACACACCCUAUGGAAUGGCACUGCUCAGGUGUGGAGAGGUUCAGAAGCAGCUCGGCGAAGCAGAAAAGAAGUUUGUCCAAAGCACUAACAUCCACUUUCUGAACCCUCUGAGGAGUUUCACUGAAGGGGAAUACAGAGCCAUACAGGAUGAGCGCAAGAUGUUGGUGAAUAAGCGUUUGGACUUGGACAUAGCUAUUACCAGAGUGAGGAAAGCCCAUGAAGCUGACCGAGAGGCUAGAAACCUGAAUGCAAACCCCAUGGAAGAAGACUACUUGUCUCAUGUCUCCUACAUGUUCAGCUUCCUGCGUGUCAAAUGGCUGAAGAUGUGGGCUCAGGAAAUAUCUCAGGCAGAGAUGGAGAUGAGGAUCUGUCAGAGUCUGUUCGAUCGACAGUCCGAAAUCGCAAGACGAGUUGUGGAAGGAAUCGACAACACACAUACAAAUCACAUGCGGUGCCUGACUGACUUUGUGGAGGCUCAGGCCUGUUACUUCGACCAGUGCAAUCAACAUGCUCAGGAGCUUCAGAAACAUCUUGCCAGCAUUCCAGCUGUCCUCUGCUCCAACAACUGGCAGUCGUCAGUUAGUAAUGCAGUUAAUCAGCCAUCAACAAGCAACCAUGUAGCCAAUGAGUCCGUCGGGUUAAAUCAAGGCACGCCACUUCCCAUACUUGUCCACCAACUUCCAGAAUUUGACCAGGACUCAUGGACCUUAAACCCACCGCCAGCAACAGAUACCUCUGUAACCACACAGCCACAGAAUCAGACAAAUAACAACAACAACAACACUUUCUUCACUAAUAGCCAGGUAACCAGCCACCGUUCAGCAGCCAACCAAGCAUUUAAUCAUGCCCGUAUAUCAAAUUCUGAGCCAACAGACACGGCUGCGAUAAGCAACGGUACAGGUACGACAAAAACAACAGCUUCCCCUCCCUCUGAGCUCAGUGGAAGCGAGUGUCAGACAGCAGGUGCAGUCGGUAAUGAGACCAUAACAACUGAUAACAUGGAUACUGAGGCCUCAGCAACCAAUGGCACGGUUGCCGAGCCCCAAACAGCCAAUGACGCCGCAAGCGAGCUGCCUGCCAUUAACGGACAAGAUGUCCAGGAGUCAUCAACAGACAGUCAGGCUGUGCUUCAGUAGAGACUUAAUGUCUGGUUGGGGGAUUUGAUGCCAGACCAAAGACAUAUCAGCUGGUAAUUGGCACUGUAGAUCCAAGAAUACAGACUUUAUUAGAAAGGAGCAGAGACGGCAUCAUUAUAUCAUGUGGUACAAUAAAAAAAAA